AGAGUGCUAACUACUUGUUUUAUCAUUUAGUACUGGCUCUCAAUGUUACAAUCACCGGCCAAAGUCCUAACGGCCACGAUGGGGAUGGCAACAUUUCACCCAGUGAGAGCUCAGACGGCGAGACGGAAAAGAAAAUCGAGGAACAGAAGAACGAGGAUAGACACAAGCGUCUCCUUAAGAUCUUUGGGGCCAUGGCGAUUAAAAACCUGAAAAACGCAGGGAUGCCAGUUCCACCCCAGGCUGCUGGAAUAGCGAGUCAGCAAGGGAGCCCCAAGAAGCCACAGAAGCCCCUUCACACUGGAAGGAAGAGCAAACCAGGCAAUGCAGUCCAAUCUUCCACAACCCAACCACCCACAGCUCAACUGCCCACAUUUGGAUCUCUGAAGAGCAUGCUCGAGGAUCCGGAAUUCAAAAAGCUCUCCAAAGCACGGAGGGGCGAGGAAAUUGCCUCCUUGCGAAAUCUGGGCUGGCCACACCUUGGGUAAAUUCAAACUCGAUUCCGAAGACCUGAAGAAGUUGCCAGGGUACCCAACCACCAAGAGACCGUUCC